AUGGCAGAUGAGGAGGAAGAUCCCACCUUUGAGGAGGAAAAUGAAGAGAUUGGAGGAGGAGCGGAAGGUGGCCAGGGGAAGAGAAAGAGACUUUUCUCUAAAGAACUGCGCUGUAUGAUGUAUGGGUUUGGGGAUGACCAGAAUCCUUAUACGGAGUCAGUGGAUAUUCUCGAAGACCUUGUCAUAGAGUUCAUCACUGAAAUGACUCAUAAGGCAAUGUCGAUUGGAAGACAAGGUCGAGUGCAAGUUGAAGAUAUUGUCUUCCUAAUUCGAAAGGAUCCGAGGAAGUUCGCUAGAGUUAAAGACUUACUAACUAUGAAUGAAGAGUUGAAACGGGCUAGAAAAGCUUUCGACGAAGCCAACUAUGGAUCUUGACACCGUUUGUGAUGCCCGGAUUUUGAUAUUUUCUGUGGAAACCAUACAUUGUAUUUGUUGUCUGCAGUAAUAUCGUGAUAGCUAGGCGUGCAAUGACAGAGGCCUUUGAUUUUAGAUUUAUAACGUGAGCCUUUCGUUGCCUGUCUUUAUCUGACCAUAUUUGAGUUGCUUACUGGCCUUGAAUAACUCCUAACUUAAAGUAUUGCAAACCAUGCAGUUCCACCCGAAAGGGGAAGGGGGAAGUAGUACUUAUUCUUCAGGUAGACAUGUGCAUUCCAAGCUGUGUACAUCGCUGCAUAAAAUGCAAUCUAAAUGUCCUCUUGAUUUUAUGAAUGGUAGGGCUUGUGCUUUAUGAAUCUCAAGUUUUUAGACGACAGUGGUGGGAGAAGCUAUUAAAGAUAAUGAACUGGUUUGUAUUUUUUUUUUUUUAGAAAACUAAAUUCUUGUCAGAAUGUCUUAAUAGAUCAUUUGUUUUAAUAUUCUUUUCUAAAGAACACUUUUUUAAAGAGAAACUAGUAUUUGCUAAGCAUUAGUAAUCUCGUCGUCUUCCUUGAUGACUGUAACGCUUCCAAAAACAAAUGCCUUCAGCCGUAGGAAUGGCACAGCUUGUGAAGCAGAGGCCAGGACAGGUAUUCUGGGUUGUGUUCCACUGAUACACACAUAAAUACUUUCAUUGUGAGAAUGUAUGGUUGAUUAAACCUGUAUGUGGGUGUGCAAGCCAUUUUUAUAGUUCAAGAUAUGCAGACUUUGUGUGUAGUUCACUUACUGCAUUAAAUUAUUCUGCUCAACUUAUAAUGAGGAUUAAAAUUGCAUUCAAAGAGGUUACUGACUGUGUCUCUGAAACCUGCUGGUAUUCCUUAACGUCUCUAACUCAAUGCUUGGGGAAAUACUACCUGUUUAAUCUACUGAUCCAAGGAAUAAAGAAUGAGGAAUUAAACACACCAGUACUUGA